ACUUAUCCAAUUGUACUGCAUUUAAUUGGUCACUUGUCAUUCAUAGGAAGUAAAUGUGGGUGAGAAAACUGAGCUCUAGGGUGUUAGUGACACGCCCUGCCCCUAGGAGGACUUUGUUUUAGAUCUUGCUAAACAUAUUUCCCAACUGAACCCAGUGUGAUAGCUCUUUUGGAAACUUUGAACUAAGUGUUUUUUCUUUCCAGGAAUAUUAGGUCGCCUACAACAAGCCCUGGGAAAGAGGAACAAGCGAGAUUUAGCCACUGGCAGAACAAAAUAUCAUGAAUUUGAUGACUUCAGCAGGCUCCACAGCCAAUUCUGUGAUUGCGAUGGCACCCCACCACGGGUAUCCUGUGAACCCUGGAAGCAUGUCUCAGGUGCCCCAAUAUCCACUCAACCAACCCCAAGUCCACCAAAUUCCUGGGAACCCACAUGGUUUGGAGCCGCCCGUGUCUAUGCAACCUGCCCAGAGAUCCUUAAAAGAGGGCAAAGUUUUAGGGGCCAUCCAGAUCCUGAUCGGCCUGAUACACUUUGGCCUCGGCAGUGUCAUAGGCAUGGUUCUCUGGUACUACAUCGCAGUCUCAUUCUACGGAGGCUAUCCCUUCUGGGGAGGCAUCUUGUUCAUCAUUUCAGGAUCCCUCUCAGUGGCAUCAGAACAGCUACCAAGAUCUUCUUGCCUGCUGAAAGGUAGCAUGGGCAUGAGUAUCGUCAGUGCAAUCUUCUCUAUGGUUGGAAUCAUGCUCCUCAUCACAGAUAUGGCUAUCAACCCCUUAUGUGUGUUCAGGUCCUCCUUUGAUUGCAGGAAAAUGGCCUCUGGAGUAGCUUCUUCUGCCGUGCUGUUCGUCUUUAGCCUCCUGGAGUUCUGCAUUGCCUGCACAUCUGCCCAUUUUGACUGCAAACUGCUCACCUCUUUAGAUAACAAUAGAACUGUGGUCUUUCAAACCGUCUAUGUGACAAACCCAGUGGCCAAUCCAGAACCAGUGAACACUCCACCAUCUUAUUCCAGUGAGAUCCAGGACUCCAAAUAAGCCAAAGGUUCUAGAAGCAUCUUUCACUGGAACCAAAAGAAGUCCCUUUCUGGGCUUCUGAAACUCAGCUUCUUCCUCCCCUGACAAACUAAGGAAAAUGUCUUUCCAGCUGUUGGCACCUUGUACUUC